AGAUAAACACAGAGUAAGCCCCCGAAAAAAAAAACCUUACUAGCACCAUCCCUGCAGUAACUAGAGAACAAGUUUCGCUUAACCUUUGCGUCAUCGUCUGGCAGCUUGACCCUGUCUAUCAUCUUCUUCUUUUCCAAGGCUCCUCCCAACUGGGCCGGAGUUACUUAGCACUGUUAGAUGUUCAGCUUAAAUAGUCCGCCGUUUACUUCAACUCGUGUAACGGGAAAUUGAAAGUAUUUGAACAUGUUUUUGAAAUUGUGUGUUUUUCUUCUUCUUGUGGCCUUUUUUGUAGAAACCAUACCUGGAGGCUGGUAUGCUGCUAACCCGAAUGACCCCGCUAUGAUCGAGGCUUUAGAUUUUGCAUUGAUGAAGUACAAUGAGGGCAACAAUGACAGGUUUUUAAUUAAAUUGGAAAGUCUAGUCAGUGCACAACAACAGGUUGUUGCCGGAAUGAAUUACCGCAUAAUUGCUAAUGUUGCCCGGACCAAGUGCAGAAAGGGAACUUCGAAGCCUCUUGAUAAAUGCCAGAUUCUUACUCAGGAAAAAUUUGCUAAGGUUUACAAAUGUACUUUUCUAGUUUAUGUUGUUCCUUGGUUGAAGACAUCUGAACUUCGGCAACAUAACUGCGUAUGAGACAAGAAAAGCAUGUAUCACGUCUUCUACAGAAAGCUUCUACUUAGUGGCAUUGCUUUGCAAUUAAAUCACUAAAGUCUCUUCAGUGCUGGAUUAGUUCUUACAAUGUAACAACUGAUUUUUUAAAAUGCAAAUGUUGAUAUCGGUUACGUAAUUUUCUGGGCUGUUAUGGUGGCAGUGCUGUUUAACAUACAUAAUUUUAUAAUCUCUUUUUUCAAAUCCAAAUAAAAACUGAUUUGAUAAUA